AUGGAUAUAGAAAAUGCAAAAAAACAUUUAAGUGAAUUGCAAGAAGAAAGAAGAAAGCAUAGAAUAACUUUACCUGGAAUAUUGAAAAAUAAAAUUAUUAUAAAAGAAGAAGAAAAUAAUCUAAUAGAGGAAAAAGAAAAAGAAUUACUAAAAAAAAAUUUUCCAAAUACAAUUGAAAAACCAAUAAUUAAAUUGAGUUCUGAAAAUUGUUCUUUAAACAGUAGUACCAGAAAAAUAUUAAAUGAAACAUAUUCAACAAAAAUAUCAACAGAAAUCUCUACUUGUAACUAUACUGGGAAUUCUUUUCUUAAAGAAAUGAUAGACAUAUAUAAAUGCGAUGAUAUUUUGAAAGUAGGAAUUUUAUUAACAGGAAUUCAAGCACCAGGUGGGCAUAAUAUAAUUUGUGGUGUUUUGGAUAAUUUAAAAAAGAAAAAUAAAAAAAAUAUUUUAUAUGGAUUUUUAAAUGGUUUUGAAGGUUUAAAAACAUAUAACUUAAUGGAAUUAAAAAAUGAAUAUAUAAGUAUGUUCAGAAAUAUUGGUGGUUUUGAUAUGAUAAAAAGUAGCAUAUUGAAUAUAACUGAUGAAAUCGAUAAAAAAAAAUGUUUUAAAAUAUGUAGACAUUUAAAUUUAAAUGGGUUAAUCAUUGUUGGAGGAGUUGACAGUAAUAGUAAAAUUGCUUUAUUAGCAGAAUAUUUUGAAAAUAUUUACAAAUUAUCCGAUGAAAAGAUGAAGCAAAUAGACAAAAUGAAAACAGAGAAAUUAUCUAACGAUACAAAUAAAGGGGAUUAUCAAAAUGGAAUAUUUAAUCAUCAAGAUAAUGAAAAAGAAGAUAUUGAAAGAGAAGAUAUAACAUACGAAAUUAUAAGUGAUUUAAGUGAUGAAGAGAUAAAAAAGAAAUUCCCUAAACAAAAGAAAAAACUUAUUAAAACUGCAAUAAUAAGUGCACCGAAAACUGUAUAUAACGAAUUGAAAAAUGAAUAUAUUGAAUGUUCAUUAGGUUUUGAUACUACAGUAUUUAGCUACUGUCAAUAUAUAAGCUACUUGAUGUCACACAUGCAAACAUAUUUAAAAGGAUAUCAUUUUGUAAAAAUCAUUGGAAACUCCUCAAGUCAUAUUGCAUUAGAAUGUUUCUUACAAACAAGAGCUAAUAUAGUCUUAAUAAGUGAAGAAAUAAAAAAUAAAAGAAUAACGUUAAAAGAUAUUAUUAAUUUUAUAACUGAUGUUAUAAAGAAAAGGUAUAAAGAUUAUAAUAAGAAAUAUGGUAUAAUAAUAAUACCUGAAGGAAUUCUUAAAAAGGUUAUAGAAUUCAAAAUGUUAGUAAAUUCUAUCACACAAAUUAAGAAAGACCACAUAAAAAAUAAUAUAAAUAACUUACAUGAAGUUAAGAAUAUUCUAAGUAAUUAUCUAAUUAAAGAACAUUAUGAAUUAUUUCUUUCAUUCCCUCAAUUUUUUCAAAAUCAACUACUAAUGGAAGCUCUUUCUAAUAAUAAUUUUCAAUACUCCCGCUUAAAUGUAGAAAAAUUAUUACUUUAUUUUGUUAAAAAAAAGAUAGAAGAAGAAAAAGAAAUGAAUGAUUUAGAAUUUAUUUCUCACUCUUAUGGAAAUGAAAUUACUUGCUCCUUACCUACAAAUUUUGAUUGUGCUUAUAGUUAUAUUUUAGGAUUUAGCUGUGUUGAAAUAAUAGAAAAAAAGUAUAACGGUUAUAUUUGUGUAAUUAAAAAUUUGAAAGAUUUAUUAUAUAAUGUGAAUAAUAUACAAAUAUUUGGAGUACCAAUAUGCAGUUUAAUGUCCAUUAAAAACAAUAAAGAUAAAGAAAAUAAAGAUGAAUUUUCUAUAAAAAGGAGAAAAGUAGAUUUAUAUAAUAAUUAUUUUUUAAAAUAUAAAAAAUAUCGUUCUCAUUAUUUAUAUGAAGACAAUUAUAGAAUAUUAUGCGGAAUUCAAUACGAAAAUAACUUUCCUAUAGAAUAUAACGAUUCAUUAUAUUCUCCUAAAAAAAUAAAUGGUUUUUUUAUUAAUGAUUGUGUGAAUUUAAAUAUGAAACAAAAUAAUGUAUUUAAUCAAAUAAAUUUUACUAUAUCUGGGUUAAAAAAUGAAUAUUUGGAGUUAGAUGAAAAUAAAAAUGAAAAUAAAAAUAACUUUAUUUGCAAUUAUUACAGAAGUUCUAAUAAUUUAUCUGAAAUUGAGAGAACAUUAAUUAAAUCUGUAAUAAAAUUUAACACUACCUUAGUAAGACAUAAUACAAGAAUUACAUACAUUAACAACGGUUUUGAAAAUAAGUUAAAUUAUAAUUCUUUUCUUCAUAUUAAUAAAAUUAAAGAAUUUUAUAUGAUACAAGAAAAUUCUUUGAAUUUAAAACAAAAUCUGAGAAUAUCAACAUAUUCUAGAAACAUUGGAGUUGUAUUACUUUCUCAUUGUACACCUGGUAGUAAUAAUAUAUUAGUUGGUUUACAUCAGCGGUUGUCUAUUAAUAAUUUUAAGUUAAUUGGAUUUAUUAGAGGUUUGAGAGGACUAUUAAAUAAUGAUAUAUGCAUAAUUAAUGAUAAUAAUUUAAAGAAUUCAACAAAUUUGGGUGGAUUUCCACUAUUAGGAGUUAAUUUAGAAUAUAAUAAAAAUGAUACUGAAAAAUUAUAUAUAUAUGAUUUGAUAAAAGAAGAAUAUGUUCAAAAAAUAAUUGAAAAUUGUAGAAAAAAUAGCAUUACAAACUUAGUUUUCAUAGGUGAUGAAAAGGUAAUAUCAAUUAUGAAUAUACUAAAUGAUAUUUUUAUAAAUAAAAAAGUAAAUAUAAAAAUUAUAACUGUCCCUAUUUCCUUAUAUAACAGUUUUGAUAAAAAUCUGAUCGAAUGUAGUAUUGGAUACCAUUCAAUGAUUUGUAAUAUUAGUCAUAUUGUAAGUAAUUUACAAAGUAACUGCUUAAACUUAAAUAAAUAUUAUUAUUUUAUAAAGGUUCAUACUAAUAUUUCGUCUUCCUUGAUUUUAUCAAUUCAAUUAGAAACUCAUUGUAAUAUAUGCUAUAUUGGUGAAUGUGUAGCAAAUCAAUUAACUAACUUAAGUACAAUAAUAGAAAAUAUGUCUUUAAUUAUUAUAGAAAGAAUUAAUAGAAUGAAAUAUUACGGUGUAAUACUAUUCAGUUCUAAUUUAAUUUAUUGCAUUAAUGAUUUUUAUGAAUUAUGCAAAGAUGUUGAUGAUAAAAUAAAAAAUAUAGAAGAAUUAGAUGAACUUAUAAAUAAUGUUGUAAUACCAGAAAAGUAUGAAAAAAUUUUAAAAAAAGAAAGUAUGGAAUUACUCAAAAUAUGUACUCAUUCAGUUAAAGAUAAGUUAUUAAAAAAAGAAAAAAGAGAAAAUGAAGAUAUAGAUUCAAACUUUGAAUUAAUGCUAAUAAAUGGAAUAAAAAAAUAUAUAAAAGAAUUAAUGAAAAAAUCAAAAGAAAAUAAUGAACUCUAUUGUUAUAAAAAGCAUAUGAAUACAGUAUCGAGUCAAAUAACAAUAAAAAACAUAAAAGUAUAUAGUGAUAUAGAUUAUAUAUUACAUUUUCAAACAAUAAUUAAAAAUAUUGAUACAGAAAUCAACUGUUACUUCCCAACUCAUUUUGAUAAUUCAUUAGCAUUUUCUCAUGGUUUGCUAGCAGGUAUAGCUGUUGAAAAUGAUCUAGUUAAUUAUGUUACGUCAAUUAGGCAUUUAAAUUUAAAUAAAAGCAACUGGAGUAGUUCACUAUAUCCAGGUUUUUACUUUAUAAAUAACAAAGACAGCAAUGGAUAUUUUAAUAAAUAUCCUUAUGUUGCACCUGUUCCUAUAUCAGUGAAAUCAAGUUUAAUGGCUACUAUUAAGCAUAAUGCGAAUACAUGGGCAUAUAGUGACAGUUACAUUUAUGUAGGACCAGUACAACAUAGCAUAAAUCCAGACAGCAUUGGAUGUUCACAUAUGUUUUAA